AGACUUGUCUGAUCCCGAGCCUCAGCCGCUGCCUUUUUGUUUUUUUUUUUUUCCUCACUAAAAUAUAAGCUCUCCCCAAACUUUGCCUCCACCGUCCUGGUUUCCACCGCCGCCGUGUGACUGAACCUUGUUCACCUUCUCCUGCGACUCAAGACAUCGAAAGAUCUCCUUCCUCUUCAACUUCCGCAUCACAUGGACUCCGUCGGAAUCCCCGAUCCCUCCCCGCCGUUCAAUCCGUUCAACUUUAACGACUGUUCUCAAAAACUUUGCACAGCCUUCUGUCCGCAGUGGUGCGCCUUCCCGUUCCCGCCGCCGCCGCUCUUCGGUCUCGACGACAGUGACAAAUCCGAUACAUUCUUCUCGCCUCUAAUAGUCGCCGUGAUCGGGAUCUUAGCUAGCGCGUUUGUUCUGGUUACUUACUACGCGAUCGUGUCGAAGUAUUGCCGGCGGAGAGUCGACGAUGGCGGUGGAGCCGAACCGGUGGAGAACUUCGAGGCGGAUCGAGUGGCUAACGAUACUCGGCAGUCCAGUGCGGGACCGGGAUUGAACGAGGCGCUGAUAAAAUCGAUCUCGGUUUUCAAGUUCAAGAAGGGCGAAGGAUUGGUCGAAGAAAGCGAUUGCGCUAUUUGUUUGAGUGAAUUUCAAGAAAACGAGAGUUUGAGAUUGUUGCCUAAAUGUAGUCACGCUUUUCAUCUCGCGUGUAUUGAUACUUGGCUGAAAUCCAAUUCGAGUUGUCCUUUCUGUCGUUCCAAUAUAACGCCGACGAAUCCUCCGCCUCCGGAAACUCCGCCGCCAUCCGUGACGGUUCUAGGUUACCGCCACAGCAGCGACGCUGCCGUCGUCGUCGUCCAAGAUUUGUCCGAAAACGUAAGCCAGGAGGUCGUCGUGGUCGAAAUCGUAACCGAUUCAACCAAUCGAGAUCAAGGAAGUCCGAAUCCGAAUCCAAAUCCGCCGAGUGUCGAUCGAGGAGACGGAAGAACAGAGAAAAACAGAGAAGAAUCCAUCCGUUCGAUUCGGUCAGUUUCAGAGGAUCAUCAAUCUUCUCCAUGUCCAGUCCGCAUUCUCUCUGUUGCAGAUAUAUUGAGCAUCGACGAGGAAGAAGACGAAGAGGUUGAAGCUAUGAAUUCACCCAUGGCGGCCGAUACUGGUCCGUCAAACAACGACGGCAAAGAAACAGAAAAAUCCAGAAACAGAAACAGCGUUUUGAAUUCCGCCAUGAGAAUGUCGAUUCCAUCUGGAGUUUUUUCGUUCCAAAGGUAUGCAAAAGGGAAAUGUUCGAAUUUACAUCAAAAUUUUCAGAACUAAAAAAACAAAAAAAAAAAAAAAAUCAAAACAAAGAUCAUCCAGCGAAAAUCUUCCAAGAGAAACGCUAUUGAAUCAAUUCUGUUUUGAUCGACUGCAAAAAACUGCAGUAAAAUUUCUGGAAAAUACACGGUAGAACUCCUGUUCUGGAGUGUGCUGUUCUUGGAAGGCUC